CUAAAAGCAUUUUUCAGUGUUUUUCACAAAUGCAUAUAAAUUUUUCAAUUUUUCGGCUUUGCAAGUAUAUUUCUCCAAAUGUCUUGGAGAUAUUGGCACAGGUUUUAGCCUGUCUCAUUUUUUUUGUCUCUUCAUGUAAUCCCUGUUGGAAUCGAUGAUGGUGAGAUCAGACCUCUGUGUGGUCCAUACUGUUUGUUGUUGGACUCCUUGUAAAAACAAAAUUCUCAUUGGCAUAUUUGUUGUUGCUGCCAAGAGAUGUUGUAUGUCAAUGGGAUGUUUUCCUGGAUAAAUUUAGGAAUAAUAAUAAUAAUUAAUGGCAAAAUGAAAGUUUGGACAUGUCAAAUAAUAUUUUCUAUUGGCAGACUAAAAAGGGGAGGAUCUAGUAGGAGCAAUGAUCCCCGUAUGCCCACUUACCCAACUUCUGUGCGUUUGUACAAUGUACAUAACCAUAACAUCUUUGUUGCGGAGGCACUGAGGCACAAGGAUGUAGGGGUCGAGGCAAUUGAAACCCUGAUUCAGCUGUUUAAAAUUGGGCACAGCCCAACAUCAGCUCUGGCUGUACUUAAAAGUGACCUUUUGGCUGAGCAUGGCAACAAAUAUGUAUAUGCCUCAGCCAGCCGUGCCGUUGCCCAGACCUUCAGUUUUGCUACAGAUACAGGAAGUUCCUGUCCUAUCUACAGAGUCUUUACAGUCGACGUGAGAGUUGGGCUCUCAGCUAUAGGAGGGGCUUGCAACACGUGGCAACCAAACAAACAACUAUGUGGAGGCUGCAAUGCGUGUCUUGAAAGACAAAAUACUUCAAAGGACAACAGCAUUCAACCUGCCUCAAUUAUUCCACCUUUUCAUCACCCGACUAGAGAUGUACUAUGAAGCACGUGUGACAGACAUUGCACUCGGCCAUUGGGAGGCAUUCCACCGGUCAAGAUUCCUUGCUACAGAAAGUAAUAUCAAAGCAUC